CCUCGUUCGGUGUGGUGCACUCUUCUCCGAUUGAGAAAGGAACGGAUUUUUUUUAUCAAAUUCUUGGCCUUCCCUAUCGGUAGGGCCAACGGUAGUAGGCUGUGGCAUCGGUUUUUAUUGACUUGUUCGGAUCGAACAAAAGAACCGAAAAAAGUGUAUGGAGAGGUCGUGGCAAUAGAGUCGAUGAUUAGCCGCGAGUAGUGGGUGUGUGAAGCAGAGUUCUGCAGUACACAACUGGUGCAGUGGGUUACAGUGUUAAACAGGUCAGGAGUGUACAUAUACAUAUAGUUCUUCCCGGAGACUAGCGCCAGGUGGAUAUUAAUCCCUUCAGGUGGUGCAGAGGAAGUUCUAGUUAGUUUCAGCGGGAGUGGAUUAAGCAAUUACACCGCCCAUGGCGGUGCGUGCGUGAUUAUGAGUGGGAGAGUCCGUUUGGCGAAGUACAAAAUUAAUGAUAAUGAUGAUGUGUGACGUGAUUUAAUGCCAGUGCUGCUAGCGAUGGGAACACGUAAUUGCAUUUCCGUCAUUUAAAUCCCAUCGACGGUGCACCGGAUGCUACACCUUCCUCCCGUCACGAAGCGAAUUCCGAGAAUAGUUCGGUUGGAGACGAAAUUUACAUAUAAUUAUAGCCGCCCCUGUGUGUGUAUGCAUUCGUGUGGUCUAUUCGUGAAAAUGGCACAAAAAUGCUAAAAUUCUGAACCCCAAACACAGUGACGAAUGCAGGAGAAAUGAUCCUUUAAACGGUCGAUAAUUACGUAAAGAGGCGCGGUGAUAUGAAACGAGGAAUAAUUGCAUCGCAAACAAUAGCGGUUCGAUUUGAUUUAACGAAGCAGUAGAUAGGCAAACGGAAGCGACUAUUCAAACAUCAAAAAUAUACCGGAAAAGGGAGAGAUAGACAGAGUGCGAGAGAGAGAAAAAUAACGAACGAACAAGCGAAAAACACAAUUGAAAUUCAUUAGUGUCGUUCGGCGUGUGUGUGUGUUUGUGUGUAUUCGGCAAGUCAAGGGCAUCAAACUGUUUUCCAAAUAAUGGCGAAAUGAGUAAUCGUGGCAGUGCCGGAACGAAGCAUGCCGUGACAGAAUCAGUGAGAAUCCUAGGAUUAACAGCAAAGAGUGCGCGAAUAGAAAGAGGAAUUACUGCUGGUGGUGUUUGUGAUUGUUUGCUGUACUAGAAGCUAGAAGACCGAAUGCCAAGUUGUGAUUGUGAUACCAUCGUCAUCAUCAUUACCAUCAUCAUCAGGAUUGUAGUAGGCGGUGGACGGGAAGUAUCCUGAAGGGAUUGGUUGGUUUUAGCUCGGUAGUAUAGUGUGCUAGAGGGAGCCAUCAAGAAAUUGCUGUCGAAGCGGUAGCUGCAGUGGUGGUGGUGGUGGUGCUAGUAGUAGUAGCAGCAGUAGUAGUUGUACUAGUGGUAAAAUCGUGUGAAGCAACAACAAAAAGAAAACCAACAGAAAAAGCAGCAGCAUGAUGAGCUUCCGUGGAGCCAGCAGCGCUAAUCUGGGAUUCAUUUUCUGUGGAUUAAUGUUCGCUUCGCUCGACGGCUGUUCGUGCACCAGAAUUUUCGAUAUCGAAAGCAUUCCAGUGGUGCGGUACGUGGCGGUGGCAGGACGAAACGUGACCCUCAGCUGCCCGGGAGUGAACGAACAUUCGCUGGUUGAUUCCCUGAUCUGGAGGACGACCCAGACGGUGGCGGAGUACGUCAACGGGGUGCCGCUCGUUAACAAUCAGAGGAUAACGCUGCUACCUGACAACUUCAGUAUCCACAUCAGACCAACGGUUGCCUCGGACACGGCCGAGUACAGCUGCCUGGUGAACGACCGGCACAGCCCGGAAGCCAUCGUAGAUUUAUUAGUCCAAGACGUUCCGGAGCCACCGGGUCGACCAUUGGUACUGAGCUUCACAUCACGUUCAGUACAUCUAUCGUGGGCUCACUCGCAGGAUCCAAGGAAUGCACCCGUUGCCAAUUUUAUCAUCGAAACAAGGGUCGGUGAAAACGGAGACUGGGACGAGGUGACUCCACUAAAGACCAAGGACAAUAGCACCUCGUACCAGGUGAGCGGACUGUUGCCGUUUACGGUGUACAGCUUUCGAAUAAUUGCUAUCAACGAGCUGGGCCGGAGCCCGCCAUCCAAGGAGUCAUACUACUUCGUCACGCUACGAGAAGCUCCGACGGGCAAACCGGUGACAACCAUCGCACACAACACUAGCGCUUCCUCGCUGUACAUCUCGUGGAAACCGCCACCCCCGGACACCAUACUUGGCGAGUUCCUUGGAUAUCGAAUCACAUACCGUACCCGGGAUCGCAAUCCGGAUGACGUGAAGGAGAUUUACAUCCGCGACAGCUCCGUAGAGAGCCAUGAAAUCCAUCACCUCGAAACGUACACCCAGUAUCUGGUUUCGAUCCAAGUGUUCAAUCCGGAAGGCUUAGGCCCACCGACCACAGUUCUGGUCAUGACGGACGAAGGAGUUCCCAGCAGGCCACGCAAUCUCAGCAUACUGGAGGUAACUUCAACAACGAUCCGCAUCAGCUGGCAGGAGCCGGAACGAAAGAACGGUGUAAUCCAUGGUUAUCGGGUUUACUACGUGUACCAGAAUCAGACCCUGCUACACCUGCCGAUUUUGAAGAGCGAUGCCUUGCAGAACUCGGCCUACUACUACACCCUGUCCACAUUGAAACCCUUCACCGACUACCGCAUCAUCGUGGCCGCCUUCAGCUUGAAGUAUGAUGGCGAACCGGCUGAGGUCACCAUCCGAACGGACAUCGCCGGACCAAGUGCUCCCCGGUUCAUAAAUCUGACCUGCUACUCCGAGGAUGCCCUGUUCCUGGCCUGGCGUAUUCCACAGCACUUUUACAACUCCGUCAAUCACUACAUCGUCAGCUAUCGUAACAUGGACUACACCCGAUCCCGGGAAAUUCGCAUCUCGGCCAACGCAUCGAUCAUGGAAACGUCCGUUGUGCUGCAGAAUCUAACCACUGACGCUAGCUACGAGCUGAAGGUUCGGGCAGCCUCCAUCAGCGUCGUCAAUCCGAACAAGGUCAUUCUGGGUCCGUAUUCGGACUUGAGAAAGAUUAUGCUCCAUGCCAACUGCGAUCAGCAGCAACCUCCCUCGCUGUACCACCACUACGCCGACUACGAUCUAAUAGUGCUGGCCGGAGCAGUGAUCUGCUGCUUCGGCCUAUUGCUCAUCGUGCUAGCGAUCGUCCUAUGGAAGAAAUGCUUCAAUACCAGCUACACCCACGAGGCAGAUCCGGUGCACGGGGGAGAUCAGAAGGCGCAACAGCAAACACAAACCCAGAUCGACUGGAAGGACAGUAACGGGGUCAUCCAGACGACGGUUCCGGUGACGAAGAUUCUGCAAAACGGUAACCAUCGCCAUCUGGCGAUGGAUGGGGACUGAUAAAGGGCCACCACCGCAGGCACCACCGAGAGGGAGGUUGCUGCUGCUGAAUGGUGGCCGCUUGAACCGCGACUGCCUCCGGAUGUUGCGUCCCACCAUCGCUCCACCACCGGUCGGGCCGUGCUGCUACACGUACCGGAUCUGGAAGUGAUGAUCAACCCGGAGGCUUGAGGGCUCGAGAGUUCUCGUUUCUCCGUUUGUACAGGUGGUAGGUUGGAAGGAAGAUGGGGCGCUGAAAAGAGUGUGCGUGAGUGUGUGGGAAGAGGAGUGAUUACGUGAUUGAAGCGGAUCGUUACCGGGGUGGGGGUCGGAGACUGACCGGAUGGGGUAGAGUUUCAGGCUUAGAUGUAAUAAAUGUAGCAAUUCAAAACGAAUACGUUGAUGAUGGGUUUAUGCCAAUACUUUUUUAAUGUUCAAACGCGACGGCAUGGCGACGCGACAACUGAGCAGGCUUUGACUUCCGAACAGAGAGAAAGAAGGUAGUCUGACAUAUGGGCGUCAGUUAGAACGGAAGAUGUGUGAUAUUUUUAUACAUAUUUUCGGGGUGUUAUGAGGGAAAAUUAGGAAGCAAAACUGAUGCUAAUAGAAACUGAAAUUAAAUUUUAAACAAAUGAA